UUUCGCAUGAAAAAUACCUUUAUAAGAUUUUCAAUUUCACAUUCAGGUAUGUUGCCUAAGGCAGAGGCUAAAUCAUGACUGAAUGUGCAUUGUUAUGUGUGGAAGGGGCUGAGUCACGUUACUUCCUGGUUUGAAGCGCCAGUGGUUGGAGGAACUGCGUGGCUGAAAAAAGAAACUGACACGUGGAUCAUCAUCAACACUUCAGGAAUCAGGAAAAAGCUGAAAUUCCUCCCGCUGCGUUAUAGCAGCUGUGAAAGCCGAAGGUCCGGUCAUUUAUGCCAGUCGUUGGAGCGCAAUGGAUGCGUCAGGGAUGGUAUAAAGAGAUGCUUCCGCGAAGAAACUGGGAUAGAAACAUAUUGUUUUCAUUGCUUUGCUCUUUUGCCUGUCACGCUUGCAAAGACUGACCCGAGAGGACAUCAGAGCAGAUAGUCACAAACGGAUAUAUUUGUCGUUGAAUGGCAAUUCUACAAAAACAUGGAAAGAACUCUUGUCCAGAUUUGGCCAGUAUUAAGGAGAAUCCCUCAGAAAAUAUCGGACAAGCUGGGUCACAGAAGAAGUGGGCAGAGUCGAGUCAGAACUGGACAAGGCCGGUAGCGAGGAUAUGGACGGUGGUGCUGUUGCUGGGCACAUGUUUGCUGUACUGUGCCCGUGUGGCCAUGCCUAUCUGUGCAGUGAGCAUGGGAGAGCGCUUCAACUGGUCCAAAAGAGAGACGGGCAUGGUGUUGGGCAGCUUCUUCUGGGGCUACUGCUUCACUCAGGUCCUUGGAGGCUACGUCAGUGACAGGGUGGGAGGAGAGAAAGUGAUGCUGUUGUCAGCGGCAGCAUGGGGAGCAAUGACAGCCUUCACCCCAAUCUUAGCCCAUUUCUGCUCCCAGCCCAUUGUCUCCAUGACGGUCUCCCGCUUCCUCAUGGGCCUGCUGCAGGGUGUUCACUACCCGUCUCUGGCCAGUCUGUGCUCUCAGAAGGUGGUGGAGAGUGAGAGGGGUUUCCUCAUGAGCACAGUAGGAAGCGGCUCGUACAUGGGGACUCUGGUGAUUGGAGGUAUCGGCUCUCUCAUGCUGGACUUGUACGGCUGGGAGAGUGUGUUCUACGUCUCUGGGCUUCUGUCUGUGCUGUGGGCGUACUGCAUGUGGAAGUAUCUGCUCAAAGGAGAGGGUCCCAUCAUCACACUGGAGUCUCUGGGCAGCGCUGGAACCCAGUCCAAACUGUCCAAGAGAAACUGGCUGCGUCUCUUCAGACAGCCAGCUGUGUGUGCUGUCAUUAUUACACACUUGUGCACCGCCAGCACCUUCUUCACACUGCUGUCAUGGCUGCCAACAUUUUUCAAGGACACCUUCCCUGAUGCCAAGGGUUGGGUGUUUAACGUGAUCCCAUGGUUUGUGGCCAUCCCCUCUUCCCUGUUUAGUGGAUGCCUUUCAGACCAUCUAAUCAGUCAGGGUUUUGAUACUGCGUCAGUGAGAAAACUUAUGCAGUUCUUCUCUAUGGGGGUGUCCAGUGUGUUUACUUUGUUUCUGUGCGGGAACAACACCUUCCCCGCAGCUGUGGCUUUUGUGUCUGCUACUAUGGGCCUCACCACAUUCAGUCACAGUGGGGUUUCAGUAAAUGUUCAAGAUCUCGCUCCAUCCUGUGCCGGUGCUCUGUUUGGGGUGAUGAAUACCUGUGGAGCUUUUACAGGGGUCAUCAUGGUGUAUUUCUCAGGGUAUCUGAUUGAGGCCACUGGUUCCUGGGCGUCAGUUUUCGGCCUCAUCACUGUGGUGAAUCUGCUGGGGCUAGCCACGUUUUUAAGCUUCGCAGAAGCUCGCAGAGUGGACAUAGAUCUAGCGAAGGGCCGUUACCACAACAUCCACAUCUGAGAGCACGGGGGAUGGGAGCAGAGCAACACCAUCAGGAUAUGGAGCUUAUGGAUCUGCUGCGUUUUAUGUAUGAGGGGUGGGAGGGGUCAUAGAGAAAUCACUGACUCUAAGAAGACAGUCGCUGGUUUCUUCACUAUGGCUCUUCAGAAAUCUGUUUGGCUGAAGAAAAUAAAGGAAAAGCUGUAGGAGAUACUUAAUCGAUCUGUUAUAGAUCACUAGGAGCUGCAGUAUGAAGAGUGUUACUGAGUAUUUUGUUGAGGUCCAUGUGUUCAUUCAUUUCUAUUUUAUGCUGUAGCACUAUAAACAGCACAGCACUGUGCUGGUUUAUAGUUGCAGUUGCUUUAAUAUCAUCAUUACUGUGACCAAAUCAGAAACCUGCAGUACAUCGUCCAUUUAAUCAGGUUAUGACCAAAAGAUAGAGUCUGGGAAUUGACAGUGUUUAUUAAAUUAUUAAUAGCAUGUUAUUUUAAAAUACCUCAUCUCAGACAUCUGUUUCUUCCAGAGGGUGUGAGCUAUUGAUAGAGAUUACUGUUUUUUGUUGCUGCAGAAUUGGAGUUUGUUCUAGUUGGAAGGAAGUUACUGUCAUUAGUGCUUUGUUAAACAUUAUUGUGCGUCUUGUAGCUGGCUGAUCCCUUAAAGCAUUUUUUGUCUUAGCUGUGUGAUGUUGAGAAUAGUUUCUGAUCUUGAAACGAAGUUUUAUGUUUCAGCCUUUGAAACAAACUGCUAGUUUCCUUUUGUCUUUGAUUGAUUUAGUUAUUAGGGACCUUCUUUCGGUGGGUCAUUUGUUUGGACCAAGAAGUUGCACAAUGAAAUGAAUGUAUUAUGGUGAUAAGCUUUAUUUUGUAGAGACAAGAUCCUGAACGUUACAUCAAACUGGGAAUGAUUUGACCAAAACCUAUUUCAAUUUAAGUCAUCCAGCUUGAAUAUUUAGCCUGUAAGUGUACCAUAAAUCAAAAACUGAAGCAUAUUCUUAAGUUUAACUGUGGGUCACACGAGUAUCUCAUUAAUCAUGCUGCAAAUCUCCAAUUCCCCAGGUGUCACUGCUUUGAGGAGUAAAAUAAAUGUUUCUGUUUAGUUACUUUAAAGAAUUGAAGGAAAAACAGUUCCUAGGAAGGCUUAGCUGUGCUUUAAUGGGUCUUAUUUUAAUGUGCAUUAAAACAUGCAAUACAUUUCUGCUGUUAUUGCAGGUGUACUGCUAGGGAAGAUCAUGGCAGAUUAGCAAAGAAACUUGAAUUAUUAUACAACUCUCUUCUCUGCAAGGGACUCAAGGAAAUUGUAUUUUUUCCUGUACAUAAAAUCAUAAAUAUGUUCACAAAGAUUUUUUGUGAUUAUAAUCUUAUUUUAUACACAGAUUAGAUACCACUGUGUAUAAUAAAUAUAAAUAAAUAAAUAUAUAUAUAUAUAUAUAUAUAUAUAUAUAUAUAUAUAUAUAUAUAGGAGACAAUAUUUCAGAAUACUUUUAUAUUUAUUGAUUUAUAUUUGAUUUAGAGGUUAGAUUGAAAAUGCUUAUAUGAUAAUUGCUUUCCUUAUACAUAUUGUAUGUUUUCUCUGGUUUCUUUCCCUUCAUGUUUUCUUGUUCUGGCUGAUGCAACUUUAUAAAAAUGCCGUCUCACAUAUAUAUUAUGUUCUGUUCCAUUUAAUGCUGUCUAAUUUGAUAUUUAAUGUGUUAAUGUUCUACAAUAGACUGUUCUGCAUAAAUGGAUUAUGAUCAUGAUCAUCACAGCUGACAAUAACUUGCAUUAGAGUAGCGAUGAAGAAACUGCAUAUUUAUUACGCUUGCGUCAUUCCUUAUGAAACUUAUCUCACACAAGACUAGGAAAUACAAUAGAUGAGCUGUGAAUUAUUGCAAUGUCAUACCAUCCUGAGUUGUGGAUGAAAACUGAAUUAAUCCAUAUUGCAUUCUUAUUUUAGAGACAAAUGUCACAUGAAAAAAAAAAAAGUAAAACAAUGUAAAUGCAGUAUUCUGUAUUUGUAAGCAUAUUUUGCUGAAAUAUAAAACUAUAUUUUAUCAAGGGAAA